ACACGGCAAGUGGGAGAGAGAGAGAGAGAGAGAGAGAGAGAGAGUUCGGCUCCGCUAGCACUCGGCUGAUCUGCCUCACGGAAGAGUUUCAGAGAAAGGAAAAAGUGAAAUGACGGAUGAGGCUAGGAGAGGGGUUAGCUUCGUCAAGCCCUCCUCCGAUGAGAAGAAGUCGCCGGCGGCAUCUGCGACGGGGGUUGUCAGGAAAGUCAUCGUCAAGAGUGCCGACAUGAAGGAGGACAUGCAGAAGGAGGCGAUUGAUUCUGCUCUAGCUGCUUUUGAGAAGCACGGUGUCGAGAAGGACAUUGCGGAGCACAUCAAGAAGGAGUUCGAUAAAAAGCAUGGACCGACCUGGCAUUGUAUCGUCGGUCGCAAUUUUGGUUCAUACGUGACUCAUGAGACGAACCAUUUUGUCUACUUCUAUCUGGAUCAAAAAGCAAUUUUGUUAUUCAAGUCUGGUUGAUGGUGGCGGUGGCGGUGAAAUGACUAGGAUACGACAACUAGUGCCAGUAUGUAUCGGUCAAAAACUUGGCGAGAAAAUCAUCUAGCAGGACAGUUUUUGGUCAAUUUGUAUAUUUUUUACUCGAAAUGGUUCUUCAGCAACAGUGUCUUCAAGAUUUGGACCUGGAACCUCACCUAGUAGAUUUGCAAAUUAAAUUCUACUUUGCUGUGAUUAAGUUUCUAUUUGUGUUGGCCAUAUCUAUCCAUAUGUAAGUUUGGGAGUAGGUUAAGUGCUUCAUAUGUGUUUCCUUGUGGCACCGUGGACUCUUUUUAACUCUUUCCUCGCAAUGUGACAUUUGUGACGUUCAAUUGAUGGAUGGGUCACUUAAAUAAAAUCUGCACUGAAUUAUUAGCA